AUAACCCUUUUAUAGAAAUGGAUGGCAAUCAUCCCCUCAAAACUUUCGACGGCGUCACUGGGAGCUUGUUAUUUUUCUUCAUUGUAGUAUAGUAAAGCGCACAUUUCGCAAAUCAGUUUGAAAUUUGUAUUGUUUUUACUUAAGAAUGCCAAAAGAAGAUUGUAAAUACUGGGACAAGUGCUAUCAGCGAAAUCCCACCCAUUUGUCCAAAUACAAUCAUCCAAAAAAGCAAGAAGAAAACGAAGAGGAAGGCAAAAAAGUGGCGCCAAAAAGAAGUGCAUCUUCGCAUCCAGGACUAAAGGAAGAGGAAAAACACACCGAGCGAGUGGACAAGGAUAAGCCCGAUACGAGUACCUUAAGUAUGGAUAUGGUGAACGAGGAAAUGGCCAAGGGCAGUUAUGAAGCCGAAACCGAGGAGCUGCACAAAGAGGCCAUGAGCAACAUAUCCGGGAAGAACUACAUGGAGAUCCUGGAGAAGCGGAUCCGCCUGUCCGUGCAGAAGGAGUACGACAAUCUGUGCGAGUCCAACGAGUUCAUCCGACACAAGUUCCUUGUCGAAAUGCCGCCAGACUUUUAUGAAUUUUGGAAGUUUGUGGGAAGCUUAAAAAUUGAUCCUGCGAAGCCCAAGGACGCUGGCUUGGAGCACCUAGACAAAGUAUUUCAACUGCAGUUGGUGGGUCCCUUUGAGUUCCUAGCCGGCAAAUUCCACGGCGCCCAACUAGGCGAACCGGGAGACUACCUGCGCCACUGGCGUUUCUACUACGAUCCACCAGAGUUUCAGACUAUCUUCGUGCGCCGAGGCACGGGGAUUCACUACGGUUACUGGCGUGAUGUACCGCAGGACAAGGAAAAUCUCUUAAUAGCCCGCAACGACUCUGCAAAAGGCUGCGAGUUCCAAUUGGUGGCUGGAAAUGCCUUUGAUGCAUUCCUCUACUACCUGGAGCACGAUUUUGUGGCCACCCCGUUCUCAGCUGGGCAGUUGGCGGGGAUCAAAAAGGCGGUGCCGAAAUACUUGAGUGAUAAUUCUCUGGAACUAGCCCAGCUGGACCGACUGCAGCGGGAGCGCAACAAGCGGGUUGUGGCCAAGACAUUCCACCGAGCCGGCAUUGUUGUGCCCUUUGACCGGAAGACCCAACUAGGCUACCGGCCGCUGGCCGUCAGCGAUUCCGAGCUCAAGAAGAUGCUGGCCAUGCUGGAGCGGAAGGACGUCGAUAAUGGAGCCGCCAAGCAGGCGGUUCUGGAGAAGCUGCAGCCGGUGGCCAACGCAGCCAACAUAGCAGUUGAUGAGUCAGACUUUGGCAGCGCCCUGGAACUAGGCAUCGAUAUGUUCUGCAGUGGUCACAAGGAGCUGCACAUGCUUGCCUCAUCGUUGCUGGUACCCGCCUAUUCAAUGCUUUCCCGUCCACAGUUCAUAGCCAUUGCCAAGGCGCACAUGGAGCAACGUAGUCGGGAGGUGAACCUCAGUAUUUUUGAAGUACUUAAGUAGUUCGUUUUUUAUUCCGCAACCGCAUCAAUUUUACAAGCAUUAAAACUAGGAAAAACACA